UCGCACUUUGCUAGUUUGUUAGAAACACUUGUUGGUGUCUUAAGUGUGUCUAGUUGAGCUAUGGCAGAGCUUUUUCUCCUAUUUACUCACAGACGACGUUUAAGUCACACUUCCCCACUCUCUUUAUAACACACCGUGUUUGUUUUUUGUUUUUUUAUUGUAGCCGUUUAAGCUAGCGGGUCGCAAAUAUGAUGGUGUGGAAAACGUUUACAUUUCUAGCUUUGCUCCUUUGCAUUUCCGAAACUUCAAGCGCUUCCUAUGUUAUCACAGCUGACGUGCAAAGGCCGACAGGAGAUCUUAAACACUUCUGGAGAAGCACUGGUUUCUGCCCCCCACUCCCUCACACGCAGGCCCACGAGUAUGACCUGAGCAUUGACCAGCAGCUGAAUUUGGCCUAUGUGGGCUCUGUUCCUCAUGGAGGGAUCCAGCAGGUCAGGAUACACUGGAUGCUGGAGCUGGUGACUGCACAAGAUAUUGGAGGAAAACCUCAAUAUAACUUCACUAGACUGGACCGGCUGAUAGAGCUAUUAUGGAUGAAUGGCCUUCAACCAGGAUUUGAACUGAUGGGAAGUGUCUCUAAUUACUUCACUGAUUUUGAGGAUAAAUCACAAGUGGUCGAGUGGAGAAAUCUGGUUUAUCUCAUAGCCAAGAGGUACAUUGACAAAUAUGGCCUGGGAAGUGUUUCUCGAUGGAACUUUGAAACAUGGAAUGAGCCCAACAACCAUGACUUUGAUAAUGUUACUGUCUCAAUUCAAGGGUUUCUAAACUACUAUGACGCCUGUUCUGAGGGUCUGCGUGCUGCCAGUACACUCCUGAGGUUUGGAGGUCCAGGAGACUCUUGUCACCCCCAUCCACACUCCCCGUACUGCUGGGCCAUGCUGCAGCACUGCUACAACGGCACCAACUACUUCACUGGAGAGACUGGGGUCAGACUGGACUAUAUAGCCCUGCACAAAAAGGGAGGAGGCUACUCCUUCCCCAUCCUCCAGCAGGAGAUCAAGACUGUAGGAGAGAUCCAAGAGCGUUUCCCUAAGUUUCGCAGCCUGCCUGUUUACAAUGACGAGGCUGAUCCUCUGGUAGGGUGGUCCAGGCCUCAGGAGUGGAGGGCUGAUGUGACCUAUGCUGCAAUGGUGGUAAAGAUUAUAAACCAGCACCAGGAUAUGUUGAUGGCAAACCCAAACAGCACCAUCAACUACACCCUGCUGAGCAACGACAAUGCCUUCCUCAGCUACCACCCACACCCCUUCACCCAGCGCACAUUGACCGCCCGCUUCCAGGUCAACAACACUCAGCCGCCUCAUGUUCAACUCAUCAGGAAGCCCGUCCUCACAGUCAUGGCCCUGCUGGCUUUGCUAGGAGAGACCCAGCUUCUGGCUCAGGUUGUGAACUCAUCAGGAGGCCACAACGGCACACUGGGAGUUCUCGCCAGUAGCCACAAACCCGUAAUGCCCGGUGGCUCAGACAGCUGGCAGGCAGCAGUGUUGGUGUACAACAGUGAGGACAACAGCACCUCUACCAUCACCGACGAUGUCACUGUCUCACUGAAAGGACUGCCUGCACAAAACGGUCUAAUGUAUGUCACAUAUUACUUGGACAAUAAUGUAACCAACCCUUACGAGCUGUGGCAGAACACGGGGAGCCCUGACUACCCCACAGCAGAGCAGCUCAGACGCCUCAGGAGUGUGGAGGGCCCCCACACUGACGGACCCUUGGACGUUCCUGCAGGAGACAGUCUGAUUUUGAAAGCCAAAUUGCCGGUGCCCUCCGUCCUCCUCAUCCACGUCUGUGCCCGGCCGAAAGCUGUGCCAGACCAGGUCAACGGGUUACGCUUCAUUAGGAUCACUAAAGGUCAAGUCCUUAUUAUCUGGUCUGACCACUGUGUCAAUUCAAAAUGCAUCAAAACAUAUGAAGUGGAAUUAUCCACAGGCGGCAAGGCAUUCGGCAAAAUCAGCACCCAGAACACUAUUUUUACUUCUUAUGUUUAUUCACCAGUGGACCAGGAGGUUAGUGGUCUGUACAGAGUUCGAGCUGUGGACUACUGGGGAAGGCCCGGCGAGUACUCGCUGCCAGAGAGAUAUUCAGAGGAGCAUUAGUCCGAGAUCUGGUCUGCUGGCUGUUAUGUUAUGUUUUGUUAUUGUUUUAUAUAAUGUAAAUUUUUGGAUUGGUGGAUUUUGUAUUUAAUAAAGCAUUGUAUGUGGUCAGCUGUAA